AUGGAGCAAGGCGGUGCAUUCAGCGAAUCCCAGUAUUGGGAGAUCCUCGGCACCGUGCCACCUUCAUGGUCUUUGCUCCCCUUCCUCAGGCUUCCCUUCGCGGCGUUUGCAGCACUUAUCCGCACCGACCAGCAGGACAAACGCGCGGCCCUGCGGGACAAACGCGCUGACCUGCGGGACAAACGCGCUGACCUGCGGGACAAACGCGCUGACUUGCGGGACGAACGCGCGGACAUGCGGGACGAACGCGCGAACCUGCGGGACGAACGCGCGGACCUGUGGGACGAACGCGUCGACCGUCAAUCUCGCUCCCAAGGGCAUUUCGCCCUUUCGCUCCCGAGGGCAUUUCGCCCACCACGCCGCUCCUCACAGCGUUCCUCCACACCUUCACCCUCUCUUCAACACGCUUCCGCCCCUUUUUCUCUCUGUACCUCCUCCUUGAAGCCUUUUAGCCUCCUCACCCCUCGCCUUCUCCUCCACAGGGCAUUCCAGCCCUCCUCCCCCCUCGCUUCCUCUUCCUCAGGGCAUUCCAGCCCUCCUCCCCCCUCGCUUCCUCCUCCUCAGGGCAUUCCAGCCCUCCUCCCCCCUCGCUUCCUCCUCCUCAGGGCAUUCCAGCCCUCCUCCCCCCUCGCUUCCUCCUCCUCAGGGCAUUCCAGCCCUCCUCCCCCCUCGCUUCCUCCUCCUCAGGGCAUUCCAGCCCUCCUCCCCCAUCGCUUACUCCUCCUCAGGGCAUUCCAGCCCUCCUCCCCCAUCGCUUACUCCUCCUCAGGGCAUUCAAGCCCUCCUCCCCCCUCGCUUACUCCUCCUCAGGGCAUUCAAGCCCUCCUUCCCCCCUCGCUUCCUCACCUGCUGCAGCCUCCCCCUCCCGGCUGGCGUGCGACCUCACCGCCGCAGCACCUUGGGCUGGCUUGCCUCCUCACCUGCAGCAGCCCCCCCUCCCGGCUGGCGUGCGACCUCACCGCCGCAGCACCUUGGGCUGGCUUGCCUCCUCACCUGCAGCAGCCCCCCCUCCCGGCUGGCGUGCGACCUCACCGCCGCAGCACCUUGGGCUGGCUUGCCUCCUCACCUGCAGCAGCCCCCCCUCCCGGCUGGCGUGCGACCUCACCGCCGCAGCACCUUGGGCUGGCUUGCCUCCUCACCUGCAGCAGCCCCCCCUCCCGGCUGGCGUGCGACCUCACCGCCGCAGCACCUUGGGCUGGCUUGCCUCCUCACCUGCAGCAGCCCCCCCUCCCGGCUGGCGUGCGACCUCACCGCCGCAGCACCUUGGGCUGGCUUGCCUCCUCACCUGCAGCAGCCCCCCCUCCCGGCUGGCGUGCGACCUCACCGCCGCAGCACCUUGGGCUGGCUUGCCUCCUCACCUGCAGCAGCCCCCCCUCCCGGCUGGCGUGCGACCUCACCGCCGCAGCACCUUGGGCUGGCUUGCCUCCUCACCUGCAGCAGCCCCCCCUCCUGGCUGGCGUGCGACCUCACCGCCGCAGCACCUUGGGCUGGCUUGCCUCCUCACCUGCAGCAGCCCCCUUCCCGGCUUGA